AGUGAGCUUGGCAGUAGCUGUUCAGACCAGCUCUGGCCGGACAGAACAGAGUUGCUCAUCACCUUUCGGACUUUCUUUAGUUCACUUCCUCUGUGAAAAUGUCCUCCUUUGAUCCCAACGACCCCGACUUCCAGUAUCUUGCGGUUGAUCGCAAGAAACUGAUAAAGGAACAAAAAGGGACCUUUGAUGCCAAGAAGGCAUGUUGGGCCCCAGAUGAGCAAGAGGGGUUUGUUUCUGCGGAGAUACAGGAGACCUCAGGAGAAAAAGUCACCGUUAAAAUAGUGGACACGAAUGAGGUUAAAACGUUCAAGGCUGAUGAGAUUCAGCAAAUGAACCCACCCAAGUUUGAGAAAUACGAGGACAUCGCCAACCUUACCUAUCUGAACGAAGCCAGCGUCCUCUACAAUUUAAGAUCUCGAUACACCUCUGGCAUGAUCUAUACAUAUUCCGGCCUGUUCUGUAUCGCCAUCAACCCCUACCGUCGUCUCCCCAUCUACACUCAGUCAGUUGUAGAUAAAUAUAGGGGGAAGAGGAAGACCGAGAUGCCUCCUCACUUGUUCUCCAUUGCUGAUAAUGCCUACCAGUUCAUGGUGCAAGAUCGUGAAAAUCAGUCCAUGUUGAUUACCGGUGAAUCUGGAGCUGGAAAGACUGAGAACACCAAGAAGGUCAUCGGCUACUUCGCCUUGGUAGCUGCCGCAAGCGACAAGAAGGAAGAAACUCCGAAGGAAGAAAAGAAGGGUUCCCUUGAAGACCAAAUCGUGCAGGCUAACCCUGUUCUUGAGGCCUACGGAAACGCCAAGACAUCCCGUAACAACAACUCUUCCAGAUUCGGUAAAUUUGUUCGUAUCCACUUCGCAAGCUCUGGAAAAAUCUCUGGUGCUGAUAUUGAAACAUACCUGCUGGAGAAGUCUCGUGUAACCUACCAACAGUCUGUUGAGAGGAACUACCACAUCUUUUACCAGAUGCUUUCUGGAGCGGUGCCAGAGAUUUUGGAAAUUAGCUUGACUAAGAAUGACGCUGGUCUAUACUCCUUCAUCAACCAAGGAGUCCUUACAGUCAACGGCAUCGAUGAUGUUGAGGAGAUGAACAUGACACAUAGUGCCUUUGAUGUCUUGGGAUUUACUCCGGAUGAAAAAGUUAGCUGUUACAAGUGCACUGGUUCCAUCUUACACAUGGGUCAGAUGCAGUUCAAGCAGAAGGGUGAACAGGCUGAGCCUGAUGGAACUGCUGAGGCUGAGAAAGUUUCCUUCCUUUUGGGUGUCAACAAUGGUGACUUCCUGAAGGCUCUGUGUAAACCCAAGAUCAAGGUAGCCAUGGAUUACGUCAUUCAGGGCAGGACAAAGGCACAGGUUGUCUACUCAGUGGGUGCCCUUGCUAAAUCUCUCUUUGAUCGUGUUUUUAACUGGCUGGUCAAGAGAGUCAACCACUCACUCGACACCAAGAAGCCAAGACAGUUCUUUAUUGGAGUGUUGGAUAUUGCUGGAUUUGAGAUUUUUGAGUUCAACAGCUUCGAGCAGCUGUGUAUCAACUACACCAACGAGCGUCUGCAGCAGUUCUUCAACCACCACAUGUUUGUGCUGGAGCAGGAAGAAUACAAGAAAGAGGGCAUAGUCUGGCAGUUCAUUGACUUCGGCAUGGACUUACAGGCCUGCAUUGAACUCAUUGAAAAGCCCCUGGGUAUCCUGUCAAUCCUUGAAGAAGAGUGCAUGUUCCCUAAGGCCUCUGACAAGACCUUCAAGGACAAACUGACUGAGAAUCACAUGGGCAAAUCACCCAAUUUCCUCAAGACAAACAAAUCUAUGAAAGGAGGUCAAUACGGUGAUUUCGCCCUGAAGCAUUAUGCAGGAACAGUUCCCUACAACAUCGGAGGCUGGCUGGAGAAAAACAAGGAUCCUGUCAAUGAGACCAUUGUGGAACUCCUUAAACAGUCUAAGGAACCACUUGUUCAGCUGCUCUUUUCUCCACCUGGAGGAGCAGAUGCUGCAGCAGCUUCUGGUGGUAAGAAGAAGAAGAAGAGCUCUGCAUUCCAGACCAUUUCUGCCACUCACAGGGAGUCUCUAAACAAGCUGAUGAAGAACCUGUACACCACACACCCUCACUUCGUGCGAUGUAUCAUUCCCAAUGAGACAAAGACGCCAGGUCUGAUUGACGCUGCACUUGUGCUCCACCAGCUUCAGUGUAACGGUGUACUAGAAGGUAUCCGUAUCUGCAGAAAGGGAUUCCCUAGUAGGAUCAUCUACUCAGAGUUCAAACAGAGAUACUCCAUUCUGGCUCCGAACGCUGUUCCUGAGGGUUUUGUAGAGGGGAAAAUUGUUUCGGCAAAAAUCCUAGAAGCCCUGGAGCUCAAUAAGGAGGAAUAUCGUCUCGGCAACACCAAGGUGUUUUUCAAGGCUGGUGUCCUGGGUUACCUCGAGGAAAUCCGUGAUGAGCGACUGUCCGUUGUUGUAGCCCUGUUCCAGGCCCAUAUUCGGGGCUACCUGAAGCGCAAAUUCAUCAAGAUGCUUCAGGACAAGAGAACUGCCCUUGAGAUGAUCCAGAAGAACAUCCGUAAGUGGCUGGCCAUGAGGAACUGGCUCUGGUGGAGAUUCUACACCAAGGUCAAGCCCCUCCUCAGCAUUCAAGCCGCUGAAGAUGAGAUGAAACAGAAAGAAGAAGAACUGGCAAAGGCAAAGGAAGAGCUUGAGAAGGUGACACAGAGGUGCAAGGAGCUUGAAGAAGCAAAUGUUGUUCUUAAUGAUGCCAAAAACGACUUGAAAGUGGAAGUUGAGACCCAACAAGAUACCAUAGAUGAUUGCGAGGAAAGAAUCGAGCAAUUGCUUCAGACAAAGCUUGAAAAUGAAUCACAGAUAAAGGAACUGGAUGGUCGGGUGGCUGAGGAAGAAGCCCAAAAUGCCAAACUGUCAGAGAAACAGUCAAAGCUGGAGAAUCAAAUGCAAAUAAUGGAAAAAGACAUUAUCGACCUUGAGAACAGUCUUACCCAGGCAGAAAACGAUUUCAAAACCAGAGGAGACCAGAUCAAGACCUUACAAGGAGAGAUGUCAAAACAAGAUGACUCCAUUGCCAAAUUGUCAAAGAGUAAGAAAGACCUUGAGGACCAAUUGAAGAAGACAGAGGAUGAUCUUCGAUCAGAGCAAGAUAAGAACUCACAGCUCAACAAACUCAAGCAAAAGUUGGAAACAACUCUUGAUGAAUUUGAGGAGAAUCUUGGACGUGAGAAGAGAGUCCGGGCGGACGUGGAGAAGGCCAAGAAGAAGCUGGAGCAAGAUCUCAAGUCUUCCCAAGACGCUUGCUCUGAGCUGCAGAAUGUAAGGACAGAACUCGAGGAAACGGUUAAGAGGAAGGAGAAGGAGUUGUCCAGCCUGAAGGUUGACCUGGAUGAUGCCGAGAACAAGUGCAGCCAACAACAGAGAAAGAUCAAGGACCUCACAGCAAACGUUGAUGACUGCCUUGCUGAGCUUGAGAUGGAAAGACAAAACAGAUCAAAGGUCGAAAAACAACGGCAAGAGUUGGCCAGAGAGGUCGAAGAACUGUCUGUCCGCCUAGAAGAAGCGGGUGACGAUACUGCAAACCAUGCUGAUGCAAACAAGCGCCUGCAGGCUGACAUCAACAAGCUGAAGAGAGACCUGGAGGAGAGCGUCAUGCAGGCUGAAGCUCAGGUCGCCGCUCUGCGCAAGAAGAACCAGGACGUUUCCAAUGAUCUCAGUGACCAAAUUGACACACUGCAGAAGCACAGGGCGAGACUAGAGAAGGAGAAGAACCAGAUGAAGGGAGAGAUGGAUGAUCUACAGUCAGAGCUGGAGAAUGCCAAGAGGAACAAGGGUGGAAUGUCCGACGCAGCUUCCAGACAGCUGCAGGGCCAGUUGUCCGACCUGGCAUCUCAACUGGAGGAGUCUUCUCGUAACAUCACUGAUCUCCAGACCCAGAGGAACAGACUCCAGGGUGAGACCUCUGACCUCACCCGCCAGGUGGAAGACGCGGAACGUAGGGCACAACACCUGUCUCGGGAGAGGGCGACACUUCUUACGCAGGUGGAGGAGUCCAGACGCAGUGCAGAUGAAGAACAGAGGAUGCGCCAGAAACUCCAGGCAGAGUUCCGCAACCUGAACGCCGAGAUGGGAGGGGUUCGUGAUCAGCUUAUUGAGGAACAGGAGAGGUGUGCCAGCCUGGAGCGACAGUUGUCUAAAUCUAACAAUGAGAUGCUGCAGUGGAGGUCCAAGUUCGAGACUGAGGGCAGCAUCAAGGUGGAAGAGUUGGAGGAUAUAAGGCGUCGCAUGCAGUCCCGUCUAAACGAGGCUGAACAGAAUUUGGAGAGUGAGCGUACCCGUAGUUCCGGGAAUGAGAAGGUGAAGAUCAGGAUGCAAGCCGAGAUUGAUGACAUAGCCAUGGAAUACCAGAGGGCCCAGACUACUGUGAACAGUCUUGAGAAGAAGCAGCGUAACUUUGACAGAUUAGUACAGGAGUACCAGAGCAAGAUCGCUGACCUCAAGGCUGAACUGGAGGUGUCUCAGAAAGAGUCACGGGGCUACUCUGCCGAGCUGUACCGCACCAGAAGCAAGGUGGAGGACAUGGAUGGCCAGAUUGACUCAAUGAAGAGAGAGAACAAGAAUCUCUCAGAGGAAGUGGUCAUUCUCAGUAACCAACUCAGUGACAAUACCAGGACUCUGGCGGAUGUGGAGAAAGCUAACCGACGCAUUUCUACAGAGAAAACCGACCUUCAGUCUGCAUUGAUAGAGGCUGAGGCUGCCCUGGAGCAGGAGGAGGCCAAGAUUGUGCGCGCACAGCUUGAAAUCUCUCAGGUCCGAGCUGAAGUUGAUAAACGCGUUGCUGAGAAGGAAGAGGAAUUUGAGAACCACCGUCGUAACUUCCAGCGGUCCUUGGAUAACCUUCAAAAUUCCUUGGAUGCGGAAGGCAGGUCCAAGGCGGAGUACAUGAGGAUCAGGAAGAAGCUGGAGAGCGACAUCGGUGAUCUCGAGAUAGCUGUGGACAAUGCUAACCGGGCCAGGAGCGAGGUUGAGAAUGCCUGCAAGAGAUAUCAAUCUCAGAUGAAGGAUCUACAGAUGCAGGUUGAGGAGGACAGCAGGGCCCUCCAGGAGGCCCGGGACUCCUUCCAGACAGUGGAGCGUCGUUCUAUGACCCUUAAGGACGAGAAUGAUGAGAUGCGUACAGCUCUCGAGUCUUCUGAGCGAGCAAGAAAAAUGACUGAAAACGAACUGAUGGAGAUUAACGACCGUUUGAACGAACUGAGCGCACAGCUUAGUUCGGUCAGUACACAGAAGAGGAAACAGGAUGUCGACAUAUCCGCUAUGCAGUCUGAUCUUGAUGAGAUGACCUCCGACCUGAGAGGCGCCCAAGAAAACUACAAGCGUGCUAUUGCUGAUGCUACCCGGAUAUCUGAUGAGCUCCAUUCAGAACAGGAACACAGUAGCACUAUUGAGAAGGUGAAGAAGGCUUUGGAGAAUCAGGUCCGAGAACUUCAGACAAGACUUGAUACUUCAGAUUCCCAUAGGACGAAGGGAGACGCUUUGACCAUUCAGAAACUGGAACAGCGGGUACGCACCGUGGAGACCGACCUGGAGAAGGAACAACAACGUCACGCCGAGACCACCAAGAACUCCAGACACCACGAGCGUCGCAUGAAGGAGCUUGCCUUCCAGAUCGAAGAGGAGAGGAAGAACCAGGAGAGAAUGCAGGAUGUCCUGGACAAACAGAACGCUAAAAUCAGAUCUAUGAAGACACAGGUUGAGGAGGCUGAGGAGAUUGCGGCAGUGAACAUGGGACGAUACCGCAAAACCCAGCAGGAGUUGGAGGACAGUGAUACCAGAGCCAACAUUGCCGAAGGGGCCCUGGAGAAGAUGAGAAGCAAGAGUCGCACUGUGACCAGCAUGUCCUAUGAUAUAUAAACAUCCAGAUCUGCAGUUACCUCCCCACCACUGCGUGAUAAUGAAGGUCCUGUAAUCACGUACUUGAGGCGGAGCCAUACUCUAGUGAUUCAUCAUUCGUGACCUCAAGCCCUCAAACCUGUAAACGUGGGUAGGAAGGCUCUGGAUCUGAUCCAAGCGCUCUGAAAGCAUAGACUUGACAACAUGCAUAUCUACAGCGAGACCAAAUAUACGGUUUGUCACCUCGGUCAGUGAUUUGCUACGAGAUUCCCAAGGACCGGUGGAGCUGUAUAUUCCAUUAUGCUGAUAUAUACGCGUCCAUGGCCGUAAUGCUGGGCUUUGUUGCACAGACGCAACAGCAUACGCUUCCAUGGUCUUAUACCAAAUGACAAACACAUGGUCAGGACGGAAAACGGGGACUUCAAGCUACUACUAGACAAAAAAACACUUUGAUUGUUAGACGGGUCCGGGCGGUCUGCAUAAUCCGUGAUGCUGCUAUUUCCGACCAAGCACCACAUAGUUAGGGCGGCAUUGCCGGGCCUUCCUGACCCGUCCAAGCUGCAUAUUCUUUAAAUCUGCCAUGUACAGAAAAUGAAACGUCGUCUAGCCAGACUCGUAAAGAUGGUCCAGCACCGAUAAUACUGAUAUUCUAUACGUUAUACCUUCUUCUGUGCCAUUGUAAAAAAAUAACAAACAUCGGUGUGCUCAGGUACGCGAGGUCUGCUUCUUUAUAAAGACAAACAGUUAAUCCCUCCAACGGAGCCAUUAGAAACACUGACAUGAUGAUGUCAGGCCUGUAGCCCCUGAUCGAGGUAGGACAACCUCUUGGUCGAGCGUUCGUGACCAAUGAUUCACAGAACAUCACUCAAUGAAUCAUCUCAAAUGGGAACUAAACAUUUAUAAGUAGAAAAUAUAUAAAUGGUUUAUACGAGAGCGUGAAACAUCAACGAUCAAAUCAUGUCUUAUUCAUUAGGAACUGUGUUGUGUUUGUAUAUACAUUAUCCAGUAUCCUUGAACCCGAGUUCAGAACCUGGAAUAAAAUAUAUCAAUAUACA